AAUUUCUUCAUCUUACUUCCCCCCGCACAAGAUGCAUCAGCAAGUCAUUCUUCUGUCAGUUCUCCUCACUGGAGGUUUCUCUCUGAAUUGUUAUGAUUGCCAGAACUCAGAAGAUUCAGGCCGCUGUGGAAAUGUGACGUGUGACCGUCAACAUACCAAGUGCGCAAGUGAAAGAAUCGAAAGCUACUUUGGUGUUACAAAGGUUGAUCUAGUUUCUAAAAGGUGUGUUAUGCCGGUUCAGUGUGUGAGCUGGUCUAUCAGCACAGCCUGCGGUAGAACAGAUCAUUCUGUUCAGUGCUGCGACAACGACCUCUGCAAUGAUCAAAAAGCUCCAGUUUUGAGCCCCCCUACCCCCAAUGGAAAGAAAUGCUUCGCUUGUGAUUGGGAGGACUGCUCAAAAACAGUCAACUGUCAGAGAAAUGAAGACUACUGCUUUAGUGCAUACAGUGGUGCAGAAACUUUGAAAGGAUGCGGGACGAAAUCUGUCUGCGAUGAGCCAGAAAUAUUUAAGCGAGAGCUGAACAAAAUCAUCACAUGUUGUUCAGGGAAUCUGUGUAACGGAGCUGAGAGCUUCCUUCAGAGCUUCAUGUUCCUCUGCUUUUCUCUGAUCACCGUGAUCCUGGUGCACUGAAGCCUGCUACACUUCCCCCCAAAAGUCCAAACACACGUGCUAUAAGUGAAUUGAAUAAAUAAAGUGGCUGUAGUGUAUGAGUGUGAA